AUGUCGGUUGGCCGAAAGGUAUUCCACUGUGUUGUGGAUGACACCUGUCUAACCACAAACCUCGGAGAAAUCAAAAAGUGGACUUCGCAGGAUGCUAUCGUCCUCAUCGUCCCUCUGUACACCCUUGAGCGUCUCCAUGUUUUGAAAAAGACGGGCUCCCAGACCGGUAUCAACGCGCGUGAAGCCGUCCGCUUUCUCGAUCGCGUCACAUCCGGGAAGCAUAACAUCUCUGCUGAAAAGGUGAUACUCCAAGGUCCUAUGGAACAGUUUGCAACAUGGGGAGAUGCCGAAAAAUUUGUUCUUCCUGAAUUCAAGGAGGAGGCCCAAAAUACUCCAGCGAACGACUCCCUGCCCAUUGAUUCCGUCGCCAAAGAGGAAGAAAAACAACCCGCAGGAGAUAUCCGACGGGAAACUAGCGACGCUCGUGACUUAAACGAUAUGUCACAAAUGCUUUUGAGCAAGCUGAACUUCAAGAAAGAGAAGGAACCGGGAUCUACCUCCGCUGCCUCCGCAGGGACGUGCAGCGUUCCUGCAUCUCCUACUUCCGGUGGUUCUCGCGCAAGCCCUGAAUGCUCGUCCCGACAGCUGGGAGAUGAUGCGGAAACUCGCGAGGUGGACACUAGCAACGCCGAAGACGCCGAUAGUGGCGUAAAAUACGUUGCUCCCGCUGUUCCACACGUUUUGAAGCCGCUCUUGAAUGCAGUAUUGUGGCGCUUGCACGCUCUGCCUACCUUACCCUCUCCUCAAUCCAGCUGCAUCCUUGUUACAAACGACAGGGACACGCAGGCUUGGGCCCAGAAAUUCGGUAUCAUUGUCAAGAACGUUGCCCAACUACGCACGUCCAUCAUCUACGAAGACAAGGAAUUCAAAAAUCACUGCAAAUACUUGGAAAAGAACCAGACCCAGGCCCAAUCUCAGCUUCCCGCUGAACCGAAACCAUUGCUCUCUUAUGAAGAUGAAAGCGAUGAGGACGUCCUCGUUUUCGUGCCACGCAAGCAAGGCAAAGCUGGCCAGCAGGCGCCAGCAGCGCGGACUCCUACCAAAAACACGCCAAGUCGUAGCAAUCGAGCUGCUAGCGGCAAUACAAACGGCGGUGGAAGGCCGCGAGCUCCUUCAGUCGUCGCCGAAAUUCCGCUUGAAGUGCCGUCUACUCCAAUCGACCCGGAUUCCUUCAACCGUAGCAUCGGAAUGACCAAGCAAAACGCCUCGCCCAAUGUAAACUCCUCUCCAACACCAGCCAACCGCGGUUCACCCAACCCGAACCCUCGACAAAACGGUAACCGUCGGGGCGGACCUCGUGGGGGAGCCUUUAGAGGAGCUACCCGCGGGCGUGGAAAGCUCUGGGUUCCAUGA